CAUCAUCGAACGGAGCAGAGAAAAAUAUUGAGCCAAUGCUGCUUUAAAGCCAUUGUUUCUUCCUUCCUAUAUUUGGAAGGAGACCCUCGACUUCUGUAGCAGAAUUGCAGGGCUGUGAAAGGAACUUCCCGAUGCCAUGCCCUGACUCCGAAUCCAACUCACAUCUCCCAGCUCUUCCCGAAUCACGGGUCCGACCGCACUGGAUGUGCUCCGGCAGGCGAAGCUGGGGGAAAGCUUUAAAUAUAAAAAGGCAAAGGUGAAAGCCUUUUGCGCUGAAAUGCUGCUCGCACACACAAGCACUGAUUCCUUGCCCAACUUUGCUGCUCUCUUCUCCCUCUCUCUCUGUCUUUGUCUCUGUCUCUCUCCCGUUUCAUUUGAAUUAAAAAACCGUUAUCUCCUUCCUCUUCCUUCCUACCUCCCUCAACUCGCCGGGAAAUUUAUAUUUUGAGUUCGAUUCUCAUUAGUAAGACUUCUCGUGUCUAGAAAUUUUUAAUCUUUUUCGGAGGGCUAUUUGCACAAACAUCAUGGCCUAGCUGUUAAUUUCUUGGAUCCGGAGAAUCUGGGCAGUGUCCUGAAUUUGUUUAAGUCUUUAAUCUCUAACUUUCCAUGUUUAUUAAAAGCUCAGUAGCUCGCAAGACAUGAUUUUCCUUCUUCCUAGGCUGCUCCACCUCGUCUUCCUCAAAACUUCCUCCUUUGUUCUUCUUCCCCUCAUUGGAGUUCGCAGCAGCAUCAGCAUAAUAAUAAGCUGUAAUGCCUAAAACUUCAUGGAGCAUCAUCCUCCUCCUCCUCGUUAUCGUUCCAUCCUCGAUAACGUACCCGGCCUCGGCCCUGAGUCCACAGGGAGAAGCGCUCCUCUCGUGGAAGCGGAGCUUGAAUGGAUCGCUCGAGGCCCUGAAUGAUUGGGACCCCACGAGCGUGUCUCCUUGCGGUUGGUUUGGGAUCAGUUGCAGUCCUGAUGGCCAGGUUGAGGGAUUGGUCCUUCAGGAAAUCGACUUGCUAGGGACUGUCCCAACCAAUCUGAGCUCACUGUCCUCCUCAUUGAAGAGGCUCGUCCUCACUGGAACGAACCUCACAGGGUCGAUCCCAAGGGAGAUUGGAGUGCUUGCGGAGCUGAACUACUUGGACCUGAGCGACAAUGCUCUGAGCGGGCUCAUCCCAGCGGAGCUCUGUGCGCUGCCCAAACUCGAGCAGCUGUACCUCAAUUCAAACCACCUGGAGGGUCCGAUCCCAGCCCAAAUCGGGAACCUAACAAGCCUCGUAUCGCUGAUCCUCUAUGACAAUCAGCUCAGUGGUGAGAUCCCAAGCACGAUAGGGAAGCUGGGGAAUCUCCGGGUGUUAAGAGCAGGCGGGAACAAGAACCUCGAGGGCUCCCUUCCAUUAGAAAUCGGCAACUGCUUGGAUCUUGUCAUGCUGGGCUUGGCGGAGACCAGCAUAUCGGGUUUCCUCCCGGCAAGCUUGGGGCAGCUGAAGAAGCUUGAAACACUCGCGAUUUACACUGCUCUACUUUCGGGGCAGAUCCCGCUCGAGCUCGGGGACUGCACGAGUCUCCAGAACAUCUACCUGUAUGAGAAUUCCCUCACGGGGUCGAUCCCGAGCAGGCUCGGGAACCUUGGGAAUCUCCAGAGCCUGUUGCUAUGGCAGAACAACCUAGUCGGGACAAUCCCGCUGGAGCUCAGUCUCUGUAAGCAGUUAGUAUUGAUUGACAUCUCCAUGAAUUCACUCACAGGGAGCGUACCGCAGAGUUUCGGAAAUCUUACAUUACUGCAAGAGCUUCAGCUCAGCGUCAACCAAAUCUCGGGUCAAAUCCCGAUUCAGCUCGGGAACUGCCGCGAGAUGACCCACAUCGAGCUGGACAACAAUCAGAUCACAGGCUCGAUCCCUUCCGAAUUGGGAAACCUUCCAAACCUGACACUCCUCUUCCUGUGGCAGAACAAGCUACAGGGGAUGAUACCACAGAGCCUGUCACAGUGCCCGAACCUCGAGGCCGUUGAUUUGUCGCAAAACGGCCUCACGGGCCCCAUCCCAAAGGGGAUAUUCCAGCUUAAGAAACUCAACAAGCUGCUGCUGCUCUCCAACAACAUCUCGGGACCAAUCCCGCCUGAGAUCGGGCAAUGCGAGUCCCUCAUUCGUUUCCGCGCAAGUAAUAACAAGCUCACUGGGGAAGUCCCCCGCGAGGUCGGGAACCUGACGAACCUGAAUUUUCUCGAUCUCUGGUCCAACCGGCUCACUGGGGUCAUACCGGAGGAGAUCUCCAAGUGCCGGAACCUGACUUUCCUGGACCUGCACUCCAAUUCUUUCUCCGGUAACUUGCCUGCGAGCUUAAACCAGCUUACUUAUCUGCAGUUCGUCGACUUCUCCGAUAAUCAGCUAGAAGGGUCACUGAGCCCCAGCCUCGGAUCGCUGACCUCGCUUACGAAACUCGUCCUGGCGAAGAAUCGGUUCUCCGGCCCAAUCCCGAGCCAGCUCGGUUCAUGCACUAAGCUGCAGCUCCUCGACCUCAGCAGCAACCAGCUAUCAGGGAACAUCCCGGCGAGCAUGGGGAACAUUCCAGCGCUGGAGAUCGCACUCAACAUGAGCAGCAACAGGCUCUCCGGCCACAUCCCGGGGUCCCUCGCCGGCCUUGACCGGCUGGGGAUUCUCGACGUUUCCUUCAACCAGCUGUCGGGAGAUCUGAAAGUCAUCGCCGACAUGCAGAAUCUCGUGGUCCUCAACAUCUCGCACAACAACUUCUCCGGCCGCGUGCCGGAUACGCCCUUCUUCGCGAAGCUCCCGCUGAGCGUCCUCGCCGGGAACCCCUCCCUCUGCUUCUCCGGCAGCGCCUGCGCGUCCGAUCGUCGAGGAGCCGGAGCUGGGCGUCCCUCGGCGGCCCGCGUUGCGAUGAUCGUCCUCCUCUGCGCCGCCUGCCUGCUUCUCCUGGCGGCGCUCUACAUCAUCCUCGGCCCGAAACGGCGGGGGGGCCCACUGUUGGGCUUCGGCGGUGGGCCCGACGGUGGCGAAUUCUGCGAAAGCGACAUGGGCCCACCGUGGGAGGUCACGCUGUACCAAAAGCUCGACCUUUCUAUUGCUGACGUGGCUAAGUCCCUGACGUCGUCAAACGUCAUCGGCCGCGGCCAGACCGGCGUGGUCUACCGGGUGACCAUCCCCUCGGGGCUGACCGUGGCGGUGAAGAAAUUCCGCUCAUCGGAGAAGGCCUCGGCGGCCGCUUUCUCAUCAGAGAUUGCGACCCUAGCUCGGAUCCGCCACCGCAACAUCGUCCGCCUCUUGGGCUGGGGGGCCAAUAGGAAAUCGAAGAUCUUGUUCUACGACUACCUCCCGAAUGGCACAUUGGGUGGGCUGCUGCACGAGGGCUGCGGCAGCGGAGGGACAUUUGGAUGGGAGACGCGGUUCAAGAUAGCUCUAGGGGUGGCCGAAGGGCUAGCCUACCUGCACCACGACUGCGUACCGGCAAUCCUCCACAGGGACGUGAAGGCCCAUAACAUAUUGCUUGGGGAGCAGUACGAGCCCUGCUUGGCGGAUUUCGGCCUAGCUAGACUGGUAGAGGAGGAUCGGAGCUCGUUCUCCGCCAACCCGCAAUUGGCCGGGUCGUGCGGCUAUAUGGCGCCCGAAUAUGCAUGUAUGUUGAAGAUCACCGAGAAGAGUGACGUUUACAGUUUCGGGGUAGUGCUGCUUGAGAUCAUAACCGGAAAGAGGCCAGUUGAUCCCUCGUUCCCGGAUGGCCAGCAUGUGAUCCAAUGGGUCCGGGAAUACCUGAAGAGCAAGAAGGACCCGGUUGAGAUAUUGGAUCCGAAGCUCCAAGGGCAUCCCGACACACAGAUACAAGAGAUGCUGCAAGCCCUGGGGAUCGCUCUCUUGUGUUCCAGCAACCGGGCAGAAGAUCGACCGACGAUGAAAGAUGUUGUGGCUUUACUGAAAGAGAUCCAGCAUGAGCCCACCGACGGGCUCGAGGGCCACAAGCCGACCAGCCACAACCCGAAAAAGACUGAAGUCCCCUCGUACUUGUCCUCGAAAUCGGUGACCCCAUCUCAAUUGCUGCUCCUACGAGGGUCCUCACAAUCAUCACUAGCUUACUCAUCUUCCUCAGCUGGUUAUCCCCCAGCAAGCCAAUGACGCUGAUCUUAGUAUAUUUGGAAUUCUUUUUAGGGGUAGAGUGGCAUUCAUCCAAUGUAAAUUAGCCCAUUUUAUGACAAGGGAAGAUGAGUAUAUAAAUGUAGAAGUAUUACUUUUCAAACCAAACCAAAUCAUCGAGUUCGUUGAAAUGACAAAUUAAUUACAACCA